CUUCCUUACUCAACGUUAACGCUUAUCUCGGACCCUGUGACGUGAUUAUCCGGCAGGCGUGCUGUCUAGAUCAUUUCACAUAUGUAGAUUGUACCAAUUUAUCUUCUUUGCGGCUGUCGUUUGCUCGGUAGACAUAACCCCCACUCAUUUACUCACUUCGUAGCAUGUGGCCGGGUCCGACCGUUUUGAUAAAUAAAAGCACUACCACUUGCCCCUCUCUGACCCUUAUCUCUCCUAUCAUCACUCAGAAAUACAUUACAACCCUGAAUGCAGCCACCCCCUUAUCAAAGUAUCGAUCCAGUUUCCACUCCGCGCCACGACAUUAGCCAACCACCAGCGUACAAGCCGCACGAUGAGCUAUUACCCCUUUACACUCCAGCGUUGGAGAAUUUCGGACUUGUUCUUGUAAAACGAGAAGCAGUAUCCCCCUUUGAACUUUACAAGGUUAUUCCUGGAUGGAUGCCGUGUUUCAUGGAACUCAACUCUACACAGGUGAACUUUUACCAGCUCUGCCCGAACGAUACCGCAAAGACAAUCCCGUCGUUGGUGGACAUCGUGGAUAGCCAGCUUGGAGGCGAGAAAACAGCUGUUGGACUGGUGCCCAAGACUCUCAGCUCAAAACUCGCUGGCUUGGUAAAGAACCUCAAGUCGGACAAGCAAGACCCUAAGACAAUUAGUAACAAAUUGUUCACAUCUGCAUACCCAUCCACCCUUCAGCGGAUCCCCUCUUCCGUUAUGGCCCAGUCUUUGGUGAAGUCGUAUUUAGUAUCCACAUACUGGCCUACGGCAUCCUAUACGUUGCAGCGGGCUAGCAUUGGUGUGGCGACUGAUGUCCAGGUAGGGCCCUCUACUGUGUUCCUCAGAAUGAGACUCGAGUCUGAGCAGAUCUUAAUCCAGUGCUUCUCAGAGGAAAGUCUUAUUGACUGGUACUUCAAACUAAACUUUGCCAAGGAUUUAAGUUUACCAUUGGAAUUGAGGAAUGAAGCCGUAAUCAGGACAUCCCCUCUCAUACGACCCAUUCUGGAGGAAGGGGCUUAUGACACAAGAUCCAUGGGGUGGAGAGGUCAAAAAUAUAACCAUUUCCCAGCUUCAAAAGAUGAUUCAGCUACUCCAUCAACGUGUACCUCCUCAAGUGCAUCCACACUCAGUUUCCAACUAUCUCAUACUUCCUCUUCAAACCUUACCCUCCUACUGAAUAUUUCGUCGUUUUCUGCAGAAAGUGUGUUACAGCCGCGUCCGUGUACCUCUUUCCACUUGGCACUACAGCCAUCACAGCGUACAGUGUCACCCCUGACCGCCACCGGAGAGUACGACUUGGAACUAUCCUUUAUCAAACUGACAAUGACCAGCUUGUCUGCUAAAGAAUCGUGGGUUGGACGCCCGCUUGUUGUGUCGUCUAGAUCUCAGCCGGAAGAUAGGUAUGAGUUUAUGCACAGAAUCAGUAUGCCCCUCGAUGCCUGGGUUACGGGCAUGGAGAUCCUUGGGUUGGAUUUACCCAUGUUGCAAGACUUGCUUUCUUCGUUGGAAGGGUUUUCACUCAGUGAGACCCUCCAGAAGUUAAAGUGGACUAACCCUUCAGAGAUAAUGGUGCCGAUGUGGUCAUUGGCCAAAAAACACACAGCAAGGUUCGCUGAAUCUAAAUGGAGAGGAAGCGGCUGUCGCGGUCAAGCUUCUUGCCGCGAGUAUAUUGUUAUAUGGAACGGGCUCGUUUGCUUGCAAUAACAUGCGAGUUGCUGACUGAGGGGUAACCCUUUACUAGAUUCUUUUUAUUUUUGCUAUUAAUGUGCAUGCUAUAGAUAUUUGCAAAGUUUUAAGGAAUACGGACCAGUCAUGUCUGAAUUUAUGAUUUUUA